AUGAAUCAAGACAUAGAAUUACCAGAAACCUUCCCAGAUUUCAGCUCAAGAGAAUACUGGAAUGCUAGAUAUUCAUCAGAACCGAAUAAUACCUAUGAUUGGCUGCUAUCGUAUCAACAAAUAAAAUCUAUUCUUUUGCCAAGAAUUUCUCAUAAAGAAGCUGAAAUUUUUGUCGUAGGCUGUGGAAAUUCUUCAUUUUCUGAAGAAUUGUAUAAGGAUGGGUAUCAUUAUAUAUCAAAUAUUGAUUUCUCCCCUGUAGUAAUUGAACAGAUGAGCGAGAGAAAUUCGCAACUGUCUGAAAUUGAAUAUGCAGUUAUGGACGCUUGCAAUCUGCAAUACCCAUCUUCAAGCUUUGAUUUGAUUUUUGAUAAAUGCACAUUAGAUUGCAUUUUAUGUGGAGAAAACAGCUUCCAGCGAGCUACAAGUAUGGUGCAAGGGAUUUAUAGGGUGCUUAAACCAGGUGGAGUGUAUAUACUCGUGUCAUAUGGAAUGCCGGACACAAGAAUAGGAUAUCUCAAAAACAAAUUCUUAAAUUGGUCUAUUGAGCAAGCGCGAAUUCCUAAAGUAUUUUUAGAUCAGUUUGCAAACGUAGAGUUAUCGCAAUAUCAUUAUUUUUUUAUCUGUACCAAGAAUAUAGAAUAA